AUGACUUGUUCCCUUUGUGGUGUGUGUGGACACAACAAGAGGGGAUGCCCAAGUAAAAAAUCUGCAGCUGGAAAUGCUACUGCUGGAGCUGCUUCAGCUGGUACUGCUUCUACUGGAACUACUGCAGCUGGAACUGCUUCUGCUGGAACUGCUGUAGCUGAUACUGCUUCUGCUGGAAAUGGUAGAGGAAGAGGAAGAGCAAGAGGAACAGGUAGAGGGGUUGGAAGAGGUAGAGGCAGUGGUUAUGGGUUGUUUCAAGCAAGUAAUGGGUUUACUUCUUUUACAAGUGGAGGACAAAAUCCAAGGGUUAUUAGCACCGGAACUAACACUAAGAGAUCCACAGCUUCAACAGAGGAAUGUGCUUACCAACCAAGAAGUGCCGGCUUGAGGUGGAUGGGCAAAAAAACCAUAAGCACAAGACAACUUCAAAGAAAUGUAGCAUCANGAACUAACACUAAGAGAUCCACAGCUUCAACAGAGGAAUGUGCUUACCAACCAAGAAGUGCCGACUUGAGGUGGAUGGGCAAAAAAGCCAUAAGCACAAGACAACUUCAAAGAAAUGUAGCAUCAAAACACAAUCUUAGUCAAGCUAGUUCAUCAUCUCAACCAACCAAGAAGCAGAAAAAGAAAUGA